CGAUCACCCCCGGUUAGAACCCUUCCUCUCUCGGUGGUGGGACGCCCCAGCUUGAGGCUGAGCAACGACGACCGGGUCGCGCUUGGUUGCGGCGGAGUCGAGGCUUGAGCAACGGACGUGGACUGCGCGCGGCGGGUUCGUGAGCUUUUCUGCAACAUUUUAUUUCCAUCUCAGCAUGCAUUGAACGACCGGCCCGACUCCCAACGGACGUAGAAAAUGUCUGCAAGCUCCAACCGCUACUGUUCCUUACUGAAGCUCUGCUUCGACACCCGCAAUGUAAAGCAAGCGAAGAAGCUUCACUGCCUCAUCAUCAAGACCUUGACCCAUCCCGAGACCAUCCUGUCCAACACCCUCGUCGACACCUACGCUAAAGUCGGCAGUCUGAAGCACGCACGCCACGUGUUCGACCAUAUUCCGCAACCGAACCUCUUCUCCUGGAACACCCUCCUCUCUGCUUAUGCGAAAUCGGGGGACAUCGCCAGAGCGCGAGAGAUAUUCGAAUCGAUGCCGAACAGGGAUGGAGUGUCGUGGAACUGUCUCAUUUCGGGGUACGCGAACAGAGGGUUGGUGAUUGAGUCGGUUAAGGCCUACAAUGAGAUGUUGAGAGAUGGGAGGGCGAAUUUGAACAGGAUCACGCUCUCGACGAUGCUCAUAUUGUCUUCAAGUAAGAAUCGUGUGGAUUUGGGUCGGCAGAUACACUGCCAUGUGAUAAAGUUUGGAUUUUGGGCGUAUGUGUUCGUGGGUAGCCCUUUGGUGGACAUGUACUCGAAAGCGGGAUUGAUUCGCGAUGCAAAGAUGGUUUUUGAUGGCAUUCCUGAGAGGAAUGUAGUCAUGUAUAAUACAGUGAUGACAGGGCUUUUGAGAUGUGGGAUGGUUGAAGAGUCCGAGCGCAUAUUUUGUGGGAUGAAGGAAAGAGAUUCGAUCUCAUGGACGACAAUGAUUACGGGAUAUAUUCAGAAUGGUUUAGAGAGAGAAGCAAUCGACUGGUUCAGAAAGAUGAGUUUUGAAGGCUUGACAAUUGAUCAGUUUACUUUUGGGAGUGUGCUAACUGCUUGUGGGAGUCUGGUGGCUUUGGAAGAAGGGAGGCAAAUCCAUGCAUAUGCAAUCAGGACUGAUCACACUGACAUUGUCUUCGUAGGUAGUGCUCUCGUUGACAUGUAUUGCAAGUGUAAAAGGAUCACAUAUGCUGAAAAAGUCUUCAGAAAGAUGACCAUUAAGAACGUUAUAUCAUGGACAGCAAUGCUUGUGGGGUAUGGUCAGAAUGGGCUGAGUGAGGAUGCUGUCAAGGUCUUCUGUGAUAUGCAGAAAAAUGGCAUUGAGCCCGAUGAGUUCACACUUGGGAGUGUGAUUAGCUCGUGUGCGAACCUAGCAAGCGUAGAAGAGGGUGCACAGUUUCAUUGUAGAGCCUUGGUUUCCGGCUUUAUUUCAUUUUUGACAGUUUCAAAUGCUGUCAUCACCUUGUACGGUAAAUGUGGAAGCAUAGAUGACUCCGAUCGGCUGUUCAAUGAGAUGAGUAUCAGGGAUGAGGUUUCCUGGACAGCACUCGUGUCAUGUUAUGCUCAGUUUGGCAAAGCUAAGGAGACCAUAGAUUUGUUCGAGAAGAUGUUGGCCCAGGGAUUGAAACCAGAUGCUGUCACUUUCAUUGGUGUUCUUUCAGCGUGCAGUAGAGCAGGAUUAGUUGAGAAAGGACAAGUAUAUUUUGAAUCGAUGGUCAAAGAUUACAGAAUUAGCCCGAUUGCUGAUCACUAUACGUGCAUGAUUGAUCUUUUUAGCCGAUCAGGAAGGUUAGAAGAAGCCAAAAAUUUUAUACACAACAUGCCCUUCCCUCCUGAUGCAAUUGGUUGGGCGCAGCUGCUGAGCUCAUGUAGACUUCACGGCAAUAUGGAAAUUGGGAAAUGGGCAGCUGAUUCACUGAUAGAAUUAGAGCCACAGAACCCAGCGAGCUAUGUUUUGCUCACAAAUAUCUAUGCAGCAAGAGGGAAAUGGGACUUUGUGGCCCAAUUAAGGCGGGGUAUGAAAGAGAGAUCAAUCAAAAAGGAACCAGGAUGUAGUUGGAUCAAGUACAAGAACAGAGUACACAUCUUUUCAGCUGAUGAUCAGUCGAGUCCUCAUUCAGAACUUAUAACUGCUGAGCUGGAUAAGUUGACUGCUAGAAUCAUAGAGGAGGGGUAUGUGCCAGACAUGAGCCCAGUUCUCCAGGACGUUGAGGAGUCAGAGAAACUGAAGAUGCUACAUCGCCAUAGUGAAAGGCUUGCAAUUGCUUUCGGAUUAACAUAUAUCCCUUUAGGCCUCCCAAUACGAAUUUUUAAGAAUCUUAGGGUUUGUGGAGAUUGUCACAAUGCAACAAAAUACAUAUCUAAAGUCACUCAGAGAGAAAUAAUCGUGAGAGAUGCGGUUCGUUUCCAUCUUUUUAAAAAUGGAACAUGUUCAUGCGGAGAUUUCUGGUGAUAUCUUCUCGGUAUGAUAUUUGUUCGAGGGUAUAAGACUACCUUUCAGGUUACCAUGAAUGACAGAGAUUUUGUUUGACAUGGAUAAAAAGGUUACUAAAGCAUUUAGCUUUUUCAGCAUCAUCUUCAUAGCUUUUCAAAGCUAUCACGCCAAGGGCAGUGAGUAUUUCCUAUGAAAAUUUCCUGGGCUUGAUGCCAAAGUUGGGUUUUUCUGCAAGAUCCUCGCGAAAUACUUGAUCCCAGUAAACCGAGGAGGUGUGCUGAGAAAGAGGAAAGAGAGAUUUUCUUCAAUCAUAGUUUUGGCUACUUCUUGCUCUCUCAAGACAUGGAGGUACUAAGGAAAGGGGUUAUCAUUUUCAAAUCAGAAUUACUUGCAUUUUCUUUUGAACUUUUUGGCUGUACAGCUAGAACGACGAUUAUUGUUCUCUGUCAAAUUAUGGAUUUACAACAUGGACCCAGAUGUGCCUCGAACUCCUUACGGAUGUUAAAAGCUGACUAAGACAGCAGUUUGAAGCGAUAGCUGCUUAACCUGUGGCGAUUCAUUUCCAUGUAAAAAAAAAAACGCCACAGAAGGAGCAGAUCUAAACAAUGGGCGAUUGCUGGUCAUGGGAAUUUCCUCCGGAUGAGAGAAACUAUCGCAGGGCUGAUUUGUAGGGGAAUGUUUGGUCAGAAGUCUUCACGUUUUGGAGUUUCUCUUCUUUGUCCAAGGAUUAGAAUGAUUGCAGAGACAAUAACAGUGAGUCAUUGAGGCAGUCUACCGCUUCCAUGUCAGAGGAAUGUACAGCACAAAUACACUCAGUAACUCUUGCAAAGAUGAUCACCUAUCAAUGCCGCAACCACCACAAUAUUGGGUAACUCUUCUUCUAGUGCACCAAGCAAAGGUGACGCCAUAAGCCAAAUUUUUUGUCACUCAUUAUUGAGUCUCUCCGGGAGAGUCCUGGUUAAGUUCUUUAUUUGUUUAUGAAACAAGCACAAAUGAAGCAACAAAAACGAUAUAGAUGAAUAAAAGUGAACAAGAAGAAACAAAAUGUGGUACCGAAUUUUUUGACCAGUGAUUUUAACUUGCGCUUGCUGUUCUAUGGUAUCGAACAUGGUUGAUUAUCAGUAUCGCUCAACCCUUGCAGAUUUUUUUUUUGGUCUGAAACCCUUGCCGAUUACCAGUUGGAUAUGUUAGUUUCACUUUAUGGUGCACUUACAUUCACUU